AUGAAUCAAACCGAUGCCAACUUCGCCAAGGUUGAAUCAGCUGUAGAGAUAAUGAUGGCCACUGAUUUCUUUAACUCAGCUUCAUUCGCCACAUACUUACCCCUAAAUAAUAUGCGCACCAUGCAAGAGAUGCUAUUUGACUCUCUUACCGACGUCUACAAAGGUCACAUGGACGUUCACUUACUUUCUCCAGUCGAACUGAUGAAGCAACUAAAUAUGAUUUCUGGAAGACUACCGAAAUCGCUAAGCUUACCUGUGAAUAAUCCAAGGGAGGAUAUCAAAGAUAUCUACAAACUACUCUACGUAAAGGCUCGAGUGACGUCUAACUACUUUUUAUUUGAAGUUCACGUGCCGCUCAUAUCGGACGAUGAAUUUUUACUCUACAGAGCUAUCCCACUGCCUAUGAAAACUGAAACAGAAACCACUACAGUGCUAGUGCAAUCACCAUACAUCGCUGUGAAUUUCCAGAAAGAUAAUUAUAUCUCAAUAACUGAAAAUGAUAUUAAAAUGUGCAUUCAACUAAAGGAGCGCCGCUACAUCUGCCACAAGAAUUUGCCAGUAUUCAACUUGCACAACAAAAACGCACCUUGCGAGGCGUUGUUACUAAGUCACGGUGUUAAACCUCCUUGUGACGUCAAAAAGACGACCUGUGUUGACGCGUGGAUCGCGCUACACUCGCCGAACAGCUGGCUGGUCAUUUGCUGCGGAGUUUGCACUUUGCGCACAAUAUGUGAUACUGACGUUAUGUCACGCACUAUGACGAUGUCUAGCAUUAUAACUAUAGCGCAAGGUUGUAUUUUAUAA